CGCCUGGCUCAGGAUCAGUCCCACUCCUCCUUCUGUCACCACCAGAAAGCAGCAGAGGAGAAACAACACUGUCCCAUCAACCUCCACAGCCAGCACCACAGAGGACACAUCACAAGACCUCUGCACAUUCCCAUCCGUCCCGCUGCAGCCCUCGCUCCAGCUCUGCUUUGUACAACAUAGACAAAGCCACCAAUAGUCACAGUGAUGUGAGUGAGGAUGAUGAUAGUGAGGAAGGCAGAAAGGGGAACUCAAGACCCCCUGAGACUGAAAGUAGGAGUGAGGAGGACCGGUCUCUUCUGCAUCCAGAGGCUGAGAGGUUCCUCCUCCCCAGGAGCAGCCCGGUCAUUUCCAGACGCCACAGGCCCAUCUCCUGGCAUGGAGGGGAAACAGACACAACGAAUCCACCAAGCUUGGACUCAUCUCCUGCUGCUGGUUCACUGUCUCUGCAUCAGCAUGGACGCCCGACAGGAGGCAGUAUGGAGGACCUGGGAUCCAAACCCAGUUCCGGUCACCGCUCGUCCCCUCGCCAGGAGGAGAAGAAGCAGCGCUGCAUCUCAGUCUCAUCAAAUCUGAACAAUUUUCUUAUCUCUCUGUUCCACCUGCCCUUCAGUGGACAGCAGGGUGACGAGCACAGAGGGCAGCGGCGAACCAGCUGUGAUGCCCCUCGCACACCAGGCCUCUCUACCUCAGCCAAACACAGUAAACAGAGGAGUUGCAGCGGUAUCCCAGAAUCCUCUGCAGACAUCUUCAAGACCAGCUGUGAGCUGGAAAAGGAAAACGCUCAUUUCAUCGUGGUGGACAUGGUGCUGGAGGUGCUGGAGGGUGUAAAGUGGACUCUGAGCUGCGACCCACGGACCUCAACCCAACACACAGGCUACAAUAUGUGCACACACAGACACACAAACUCUGCAGAGGACUGUCUCACACGUGAACACAAACAGAGAUGUGAAACACACAGACUCACACAGAGCUGCAGCAGCAGACAGAGCAGACAUUCAGAGAAGAUGUCACACAGAAACACACACUCUUCUAAUGUGCACACAAACCGACACACUGAGGAUAAAGAGGAGGAGGACACAGGCAACGAUGAGGCUGAGCAUCAACCUAAGACCUUGUCUGUCCUCUCCACCGACAGUGGAUUUGAAGACUGUGGAGUAGACACUACACUGACACCAAAAGAUUCUCUCAGAAACGCAGAGUGGCUGGCCCAGCAGCUGGUGCUGGAGUUCAGGAGGAGCUGGCUUCCUUCCCGUGAGCCUCGGCGUGGACGGCAGAGCCUCCGUAGCUCACUUCAGGAGGUGAGAACACAGCAGCUGUUGAUAACUGUUUGA